AUGCCUCAAACCAAAUACCCACUCCCCGGCCAGCACGAGCGCGUUAGCCAGCGUGUACAAGACCGCGACAAUGCACAUCAUCAAGAUAUGCUUAGGCAGAUCCGCGAAGUGGACAUGCCAAUGAUGUUUCGCCUUCACGACAACUCUUUUGGUGGAUCGCGGGGCUGGGGAGAACCUCUUGUAUACGCCCCGACCAGUCCACACAGGGCCAGGCCCAGCGGCCAGAUGCUGCUGGAGUACGACUGGGAGAAAUCUACCAAUGGAGAACCGCAGUUUCGCAUAUUAGAAGAGGUUGAUGACGAGAAGUAUGCCCAUAAUAGUAUACAGCUGCGCACCAAGCAUCAGCUUUGCAUCGCGUGCAAAGAUGCCCUCAACCGCUUUUGCACUUUCCGGAAGCCCCCGGAAAAUUCUGAACGGAUAUACAAUAACGUGUUGCAUUCGGAAGACCUUUCGUCGCUUUUCCUGUCCGCCCGACUACAGCGAUGUUUCAUCUGUCGCCAAAUCUUGGCUAAAAUAAAAAAGAUGUAUCCCACUCUCGACGAGGACGCAUACUCAAACUACAUGAUUGAGUGCUGCUGGAGUUUAAGCGACACCAAAGACGAGACCAAAAUGUGGAUGGUCAUGUAUGAUCGCACCAUAGAGAAACGGCCAAUAUACAAUUACCAGCAUAUCCUACGGCUCGGGUUAUGGAACAAGAAGUAUUUUAGUUCAUACUUCGGCAUGAGCUCAAAUCAAGUGGAGGCCGAGGAAGGUGCCAAAGGCGACACCAAUGACCACAUAGGAGCUAGAGAUAUGGCGCUGUCGUGGUUGGCGAAGUGUAUCGAAAACGCAGACGGACAGCAUGACAUCUGCAACCAAAGUGAUGGAGAUUACCUCCCAACCCGUCUUCUCGACGUUAGACAUGCUCUCGAACAGGGCAAUGUGCGAUUAGUCAUUCCAGACAAAAGGCCUGGGAUAUUCACCCAAGGCCACGAGUACGCAUCUUUGAGCCAUUGCUGGGGGGCCAAUGGUGCCCAGGAGAAUCCCAUGCUACUGGUUGCCAACCUCGAAAGCAGACAAUCUGACGGAUUAGACUGGGAUAAGCUGCCCAAGACCUUUCAAGACGCCUUCAAGAUAGCAUCUUGGCUCAGAUUGGACUGGCUUUGGAUUGACUCCAUGUGCAUUAUUCAAGACUCAACCUCAGAUUGGCAAAAUGAGGCUUCCAUGAUGGAUCGUGUCUACAUGAACGCAAAGGUCAACAUUUCCGCUGACAAAGGAGGGGAUAGUCGGGCGGGCUGUUUCGCGCAGCGCAAGGAAACAGAUAUCACGCCUCUUGAGUUUGGAGUCUCUCGGAACGAGGAAGAGUUUAUGGUGACGACGGAGGACACUUUUGGCUGGAUGGACUCUGCACCUUCGCUCUCGCGGGCUUGGAUUCAUCGUGAGAGACAGCUAUCAAGCCGGAUCCUUCACUUCACUCCUAAGGAGAUGGUCUGGGAGUGCUGUGGUUUGAACACGGCCUGUUUUGCAAGUGAGACUUUGCCAGGCGGCGCGCCAUUCGAGAAAGUCUUCAACGGGGAAACCAAAUUCCAAGUUGAACUUGCGGAUAUUUCGAACAACAAGUUGAGCGAACAAGACCGACUAGACAAGCUGCAUAAGCUUUGGAACACAACUUGUCAGGAUCUUUCCAAAAAGUCUAUCACCUAUGCGUCAGAUUUCCCUAUGAUUCUUUCGAGUCUUGCCAAAGAGUUUCACAGACUGAUGCCCGACGAUGAGUAUGUCGCGGGGCUUUGGAGAUCCACGCUCGCUGAGGCACAUACUUGGUGGGUGCCGGGCGACAAGCCCGAGUACACCGGCUACAUUGCACCGUCAUGGUCAUGGUUGAGUAAUGCUGAACCAGUGCAGCUUUAUACUCCAAGUCACAAGAAGCAUAAACGCGCUCUCAUCGAGGUUCUUGACGCUGACCUCCAGUUCAAGUCACCUGCCGACAAACCUUACGGCCAACUUAGCAGUGGCUCAGCCUUGCGCGUUCGUGGUUUUAUGCGUAGGUUGCAUUUGCAUUUCACGGGCCAUGAGAACGGCGGCAUCAUCUUGAGUGUGAUUGAGAAGGAUGAGCACGGCCAAGAUCGGAUCCGACUCAUCAGCGAGGAUUGGGAUGCUGAACAAGGGCUGGAAUUCCGCAUGACAACGGACAGUGCUCUUGUUCUGCCCUAUCAAGAGUACGAGUGCUACGGUCUCUUUACUACUAUAGAUGAGUGGACGCAGUAUCGGGAUGAUUGCCGGCGACAGAUUGACUGUCUCAUGUUAGAGAAGGUAGGAACAAAUGAUGCAGGGGAGGAUCAGUAUCAAAGGGUCGGCACUCUCACCGGUUUCAGCGACAUGGCAAGCUUUAAACUGCGGUAUCAGAUUGCACCAGAUUCUACAGUUCCCGAGACAGGUGUCUCUAGAGAUAUGUGGGUAGAGAACCCCAAAGGCUAUACCGGACGGCCAGUUUAUGGACCAAGUCACAUUACACCUGUGCAGACGGAAGAAGAAGCUCCGAUUGAGACUACAGCUGAGCCGGGAGACGAGGAUGUUGCCGCCGGUGACGAUGAAGCUUCUUCAAAUGAAGGGGACGAUGAGACUUUGGAGCUGGGAGGCGAUGAAGACCAGAAGAACAUAUGGUGGUUACUCAAAGAGUAUAUGUGCUGGAAGCGCUGGAUGAUACUUCGAGACGCCAGGGAGAAAAGAGAGAAGGAGGAGGAGAGAGAAAAGGAAAAUGCCAAACAGGCAUCUGAGUCUGAUGAAUCUGAGAUGCAAGACUCUGAGAGCGAAGACGAAAAAGAAGAGAAAGAAGAAGAAGGUGAUGAUUUACAAACAAAAACUGAAAUGUCAACUAGUGAUGCCAAUAGAGGCAGGGUUAUCACGACAACAAUCGGCGAUGACGAGACUUGUGAGGAUAUUGGAACGAUAUCUGCGGGGAUGAAAGAUAACCAUGAGAGCCCAACAGAGGCAAGCGAAACUGCGGAGAAGUCAGAACAGACCUCACCCGACUCGCCAAGCGCCAGCGAGAACCGGGUCUCUGCCGAAAAAAGCGAAGGUGGCGAGGGGGACGAAGAUAAUGAGAACAACGACGAUGGCAGCGAAGACGACGAAGGCAGUGAAGAUUACGGAGGUGACGAAGAUGGUAAAAGCGAUGCCCAGAAAGCCAAGGCUGAGAAGAUGGAAAUUCUCAAACAAGAAUACGGAAUUAUCAUGAACAUAAUCCUACGGCUUCACGAGCACUCAUCUUCAGCUCUAGAUUCAGUCCUGAAAGCCGACGACCGAGAGAAGGUCUGGAAGGAAGCUGUCCGGAAAUACCUAUGGCUCACUUCCAAGACGGCAGCAUGGGGCACUGAUCUAACACCGGAUUUAGAAGCGGCUCUGUAUCAGUUUGAUGACGUGCUAGAUGAAUGGCGGGACUUGCAUGAUUUGGUUCCCUGGCUGAGGCGUCUGGAAACUUCAGAAGUUUUUUUGAUCUAG